CCCCCCCCCCCCAAACCCCCCUCUCUCUGCCAACAGAAGGAUGUGGAAGGGAAGGACAGAACCGUGUUCGACAUACCGAUCUUCACGGAGGAGUUCCUCAACCACAGCAAAGCGCGCGAAGCGGAGAUGCGGCAGCUGCGUAAGACCAACAUGGAGUACGAGGAGCGCAACGCGGCGCUGCAGAAGCACGUGGAGAGCAUGCGCGGCGCGGUGGAGAGGCUGGAGGGCGACGUGAUGCAGGAGAGGGGACGCAACGGCCUCCUCCACCAGCACCUGGAGACGCUGCGGCAGGCGCUCACCUGCAGCUUCGCCGCCGUGCCUCUGCCCGCCAGCGGGGAGACGCCCACUCUGGACAGCAUCGACUCGUACAUGAAGAAGCUCCACAGCAUCAUCGUCAGCAGCCCCCAGGAUAACGAGCACCUCAUCAGCACUGUGAGAGACGUGGUCAACCGCUUGGACAGAUAAUUGGACCGGGUCCCCACCGCCCCCCCCCCCCCCCCUCCCCGACUUGAUGGAUUGAGACCCACAGGGCAGAGGCUGCUCCCUCACGGUGGUUCUUCCUCCCGGUCCGUCAUUGAUUUUAAUGCGUCUUUUAUUACUCUGCAAAGGUGAUGUAGCGUCUCAUAUUUAUUUAUUAUUGUUUUUUUACAUUUUAAAACAAAAAGCAAAAAAAAAACUCUUGUUCACACUUAAAUAUAGCUGUAGAUUGUUUUGUACAAUACUCAAAUGGCAGGACAUUAAGGAGUUUCAUGUCCCUCCUGGUGCGUCUUCACUGUCCAUUUAUAGCGAGAUGUUUGCACAGUGGUAUCUACAGCGCCAUCAAACAUGGUCUGAUGAAAGAAAAAUGUGUCAUUGGGGUUUUAUUCAGCACAUCCAAGAGAACUGCUGAGCAGACUUUGCUUUUUUCACACUCUGUUGAAGAAAAACAUGUGCCAUUUGUUUCUUUUUCCUGUGUGAGAAAGUGUUUGUGUUUUCAAUAAACGUAUUUACAUUUGA